AUGCUCCGUCUCUGUUAUAGAAAUCGAAGUUAUCUCCGUCUUCCUUUCUCUCGCUCUUUCUCCUCUUCUUCCCCAUCUUCUAAAGACCCCAUCGAGUCCCCAAACAAUCUAAAAAAUUCCCAAUAUAUUCCUCCUCAGCUACCAAUUCUCCACCAGAAUCACCUUAUUCAUUCCACCACUACCAGCACCACCUCCUUUCUUUCCCGUAACUCCGUACUCGCUCUCUCCGCCACUCUCGUCUCCAUCGUACUCGCAUCCCUCGCUUAUAAUAAUUCCCAGUCCACAAACCCUAACCCUAACAACAAUAAUGAUUACAAUCAUUUGUACGCUGCAAUUGAGCAGACAGUUUCAAAAUCAAAUGAAUCUUUUAGAAGAAUCUUUAAUCACGUGAGGCAUACAGGAGUUGCCGCGUCGGUUUUAUGGCAAUCGCUAAGGUCUGUGCUUUCUUCUGCGAAUCAUGAGGUGAGGGUUGGAUUUGAGCUUCGUGUGGCGGCUUUGCUGGCAGAUAUUGCGGCGGCAAAUGCAGCACGUAGGGCGGCUUUGGUUGGGGCUGGUGGUGGUGCGGUGGUGGAUUGGUUGUUGGAGACGGUUGCCGUAAGUGGGGACGGGUGUGGUGCCCAGGCUGAGGCGGCUAGAGCAUUAGCGUAUUUGAUUGCGGAUCCUAAUGUCUCUGCUGAUGUUCUUGGGAGGCCUCAUGCUGUGUCUUAUCUGUUGCGGUUUAUAUUUUCAUGCCAGCCGAAGAAGAAUCAAUCGAGACGUAGUUCAUUCGAUAUUUCUGAUUCUUUGAAAGGUAGGAGCAUGCUUGUGGCUGCAAUCAUGGAUAUUGUCACAUCCAACUGCGAUUCCUUAGAAAAGGUUUCUUUUAAGCCAUCCUUGCCAGGAAAUGCAGAAACGAGAGACAUUGCUGCAGCCAUUGAAGUUGUCGAGGAAGGUGGUUUACAGAUGGACAAUGCAGGUGAAAAUGAAGAUGAUGAUGAUGGUGGGAGAGGAAUGAAAGGUAUUGGAAUUAAAAUCCUUGAAGGUACCACGGUUUUAGGCCUUUCAAGGACUAGUGGGCUUGUGGAGUUGGAGCAUUCUGAUGCUGGUCACGUUGAAUCAUUUAGCCAUACUCCUAAAACAGUUGCCUUGCUGCAUAAGCAUGACCGUUUGUUGGCAAAAGAAAAACUAUCUUCUGCUGUUGUUCCUGGACUAUGGGAUGAUCUGCAUUGUCAGCAUGUUGCUGUGCCCUUUGCAGCAUGGGCAUUGGCCAAUUGGGCAAUGGCAUCUGAGGUAAAUAGAUUUCGUAUUCAAGAACUGGAUCAAGAUGGACAAGCUGUCAUGACUGCUUUAAUGGCACCUGAGAGAUCUGUUAAAUGGCAUGGAAGCUUGGUGGCCCAGUUGCUGCUGGAGGAUCGUAAUCUUCCCUUGAAUGAUUCUGUUUCUGAUUGGAGUUCCAGUCUUCUGGCUACUAUUUCACAGGCAAGCAAAAAUGAUGAUAUCCCUUUGGCUCAGAUGGCUUUGUCUGCCUUUUUGCUUUCUGUUGAGAGAAGUCCAGAGGCAAGGAAGAUAGUGACGGAGAAAGGACUUCAGCUUAUGAGAGACACAGCUAAGCGGACCACCAAACACAAGCACGUACAAGAAACAUUAGCAAAGGCAUUAGAGUUACUUUCCACUGGUGAUGUUCACUUAUCUCUUGAAGAUAGUCAGAAGUGGUCUGGCAUUCUGCUACCUUGGGUUUUUGCAAAAUUCUCCUCUGAUGCUAUGCGAUCUUCAGCUAUAAAAAUUCUCUCAUGCAUUUUUGAAGAACAUGGGCCAUCUACCCUUCUGAUUUCUCAAGGCUGGUUAGCUAUUUUGCUAAAUGAAGUUUUAGUUUCGAGCAAGGAGUCUUUUGGUAAAGGAGGAACUCAACCUAAGGGGGGCAAAGUGAAGACUCAAAUUGAUCAGUCCAACAUUCUUUUUGCUACUCAGACUGCUAAUCAAUUGGCAAGUGCUGUUGUGAACCUAGCAAGGAAUCAGCUAGGAACAGACAUUGAUUCUGUCGAUAUUUUCCCUCUGGCAGAUCUUCUUUCCAUGGAACCUUUUAUUGGACCAUUUAAGAACAUAAAGAAAGACUCUGCAGCUAAGUUUAACGUGGCAGAUUCUGCAUUGGCAACUCUCAAGGGGAUUAAAGCACUGACUGAGCUCUGUUCUGAAGAUUAUUUAUGUCAAGAAAAAAUUUCAGAAUUUGGGGUUUUGUGUUUGCUUAGGCGCUUUCUGUUGAAUGAUGAUUAUGAGAAACUUGCUGCAGUGGAAGCUUAUGAUGCUUCUAGGGCCCCUGAGUCACAAGAACGGGGUGCAAAUGCUGCUGGCGAUUCGGCUAAUGCAGAUGCUAAUGAUCCAUCUAGUGUUCGAGUUCCACCUACAGCUCACAUUCGAAAACAUGCAGCUAGGCUCUUGUCUAUUCUUUCACUACUUCCAAAAGUUCAAAAGGUUAUUCUAUCAGAUAAAGCUUGGUGUAAAUGGCUUGAGGAUUGUGCUAAUGGUAGCAUCGCAGGUUGUAGUGACCUGAAAAUACAAAGUUAUGCUAGGGCAACACUCUUAAAUGUGUUGUGCUGCCAGUAUACUGGUAGCGAGUCAACUAAUGGCUAUGUUAGUGAGACUGAAGCCAGAAAUGUAAAAGGUGAUUGUGCUCGUUAUAGCAACAUGAUCUUUUUGAUUAAUCCAGAUUUGCCACACUGGAAGCGUUGUGAAAAAAUAGAUAGCAUGGUGAUUCAAAAAAAUAAAUUGUCUUCAACUGAGGAUUCUAUCGACAGUGAUGGUUCAAUUGGAACUAGUGCUUCAGAUGCUUGUAAUAGGUCAUAUGAUUGCAAUGAACUAACAAAAGACUCUGAUUCAGAGGUUCCGGAUAUAGAUGUUGUCUUUGUCCAUGGUUUGCGUGGUGGGCCUUACAGGACAUGGCGCAUAUCUGAGGACAAACUUUCAACUAAGUCUGGCUUAGUCGAGAAGAUUGAUGAGGAAGCAGGGAAGUCAGGAACAUUUUGGCCAGGCGAAUGGCUUUCAGCAGACUUCCCUCGAGCUCGUCUUUUUACCCUCAAAUACAAGACAAAUCUUACACAAUGGUCCGGAGCUAGUCUGCCUCUUCAGGAAGUCAGCUCCAAGCUGCUAGAGCAGCUUGUGAAUGCUGGCAUUGGAAAUCGUCCUGUUGUAUUCGUGACUCACAGCAUGGGAGGCCUGGUCGUCAAACAGAUGCUGCAUAGAGCUAAGGCAGAAAAUAUUCAUAACCUUGUGAACAACACGGUUGGAGUUGUGUUUUACAGCUGUCCCCACUUUGGCAGCAAACUGGCAGACAUGCCUUGGCGUAUGGGCCUUGUGCUUCGUCCUGCUCCAUCUAUAGGGGAGCUAAGAAGCGGUUCUCCAAGACUCGUAGAACUUAAUGAUUUUAUCCGUCAGCUUCAUAAGAAAGGAUUGGUUGAAGUCCUAAGUUUCUGUGAGACUAAGGUAACUCCAAUUGUUGAAGGAUAUGGAGGAUGGGCCUGGAGGAUGGAAAUUGUGCCAAUUGAAUCAGCUUACCCUGGAUUUGGUGAACUUGUUGUUCUAGACUCGACCGAUCAUAUAAAUUCAUGCAAGCCUGUAUGCCGCAGUGAUCCUUCAUAUACGGAGACAUUAAAAUUUUUACAGAAGCUGAAAGCCCAUUAUUCAUGA